CACUUCCAGUCGCGGUUAACGGGCGUGCGGUUGCCAGGAGAGGCGCGCGUACAUUAAGGUGUGCAGCUUUUAACGGCAGAGCGGCACGGGCUCACCCCGCCAUUUCUUCGUGCAGAGCCCUGGAAUGUCGAGUAGCGGCUCGGGCUCUUCCUCGCGGAAGGAGUUCGAUGUGAAGCAGAUUCUCAGGAUCCGAUGGAGGUGGUUCGGUCACCCCGCGGUCCCUCCGCCUCACUCCCCGCCGCUAGGAGACUACUUCGCCGGGAGGAGAACGGGCGGCAGCUCCGGAGACGGACCUUCAGUCAGCGGCUGUAGCAACUCGAAUUCAACCAGCGUGAACCCCAGCGCUGGGAGUCACGGCGGUCUGGUGGCCAGCGGCAGCGCUGGGUCUAACCUGUGUAACGGCAGCAACAGAAAGUUUGCUGAUCCUGCGGGGAGUCGCGGCGGUCCGGGGGGAGCGGCAGUUGGAGCAACGGGGAGCUCCUGUCCCCGCUCCUUCAGCCAGCCAGAGUGCAGGAGCUCCGCCGCAGCGCUGUCGUGGGUCUCCCCGCCGCCUCAUCGUCGCUCCCGGCCGGUGACGAGCAUGGAGCCCCCCGGCGAAGCUCCGGUGCCCCAGCUGGUACCCGAGCCCUCCGCUCAUGUCGGGGUUGAGGAGGAAGAGGAAGAGGAGGCGGCGGCGGCGGCGGCGGCGGCACCGGCAGCGUCGGGCAAUGAGGAGAACAACAACCACCCGGAAACUGACUCCAGCUCCUGCAGGACGUCUAACAGCAGCGCCACGCUGUCCUCAUGCGUGUCAAUGGAGCCAUGUGCAUGUCCAGAGGAUUGUAUGUUCACCGCUCUGUCCCACGCCGAUGUCACCUUCCGCAAGAUGGAGGGCUACCUGAGGUCUCGACAGCUGUGUGAUGUCAUACUGGUGGCUGGAGACCGGCGGAUACCUGCACACAGACUGGUCCUCUCAUCCGUGUCGGACUACUUUGCGGCCAUGUUCACCAGUGAUGUUAGGGAGGCCAAGCAGGACGAGGUGAAGAUGGAAGGAGUAGACCCUGAUGCGUUGUGGGUCCUGGUGCAGUAUGCAUACACAGGCCGUCUUGAGUUGAGGGAGGACACCAUCGAGUCUCUUCUAUCAGCCUCCUGCCUGUUACAGUUGUCGUCUGUGGUUCAGGCCUGCUGUUCGUUCCUCAUGAAGCAGCUCCACCCCUCCAACUGUCUGGGUAUUCGUUCCUAUGCCGACGCUCAGGGCUGCAAUGACCUGCAGAGGGCCGCCCACGCCUACACCAUGGAACACUUUUUAGAAGUGGUGGGAGGUCAGGAGUUCCUGUUGCUCCCAGUGGAGGAGAUGGAGAGGCUGCUUACCUCUGAUGACGUCAAUGUGCCAGAUGAGGAAACCGUAGUAACCUCUUUGCUAACGUGGGUCAGUCAUGACUCCGCCACGCGGGAACGUCACCUACCGUCGCUGCUGGCUCACAUCCGACUGCCACUGCUGGAGCCACAGUUCUUGGCAGACCUGGAGUCCAACCCUCUGCUCCGAGACAGUAUGGAGUGCCAGAGGUUGCUGAUGGAGGGGAUGAAGUAUCACCUCUUGCCCCAGCGCCGGCCCCUGCUUCAGAGUCCCCGUACACGGCCCCGCAAGGCCACAGUCGGAGCCAUGUUUGCCGUAGGAGGCAUGGAUGCUACGAAAGGUGCUACCAGUAUCGAGCAGUACUGUCUGCGUCGGGACACGUGGAGGCAGGUAGCUACCAUGAGUGGACGGAGACUGCAGUUUGGUGUAGCCGUCCUGGAUGGCCGUCUCUAUGUGGUGGGCGGCCGAGAUGGACUCAAGACCCUCAACACUGUGGAGUGUUACAACCCACACAGCAAGACAUGGAGCGUCAUGCCUCCCAUGUCCACACACAGGCAUGGCUUAGGUGUAGCUGUCCUGGAGGGGCCCAUGUACGCAGUAGGAGGACAUGAUGGCUGGAGCUACCUCAGCACAGUGGAGAGGUGGGACCCCCAAGCUCGCCAGUGGAGCUUUGUUGCGAGUAUGGCUACACCCAGAAGCACAGUGGGAGUAGCUGUACUCAAUGGCAAGUUGUAUGCAGUAGGAGGUCGUGACGGCUCAUCCUGCCUGCGCUCAGUGGAGUGUUUCGACCCCCACACCAACAGGUGGAGUGGUUGUGCUCCCAUGGCUAAAAGGCGUGGAGGUGUAGGUGUGGCCACAUGGCAUGGCUUCUUGUAUGCCAUCGGAGGUCAUGAUGCGCCAGCCUCAUCCCUUGCAUCUCGGCUAAGUGACUGUGUGGAGAGGUAUGACCCUCAGACAGAUGUGUGGACGGCAGUUGCCCCCAUGAGCAUCAGCAGAGAUGCCGUUGGUGUUUGUCUCCUUGGCGACCGCCUCUAUGCUGUGGGCGGUUAUGACGGGCAGGUGUAUCUCAGUACUGUAGAAGCUUAUGACCCUCAGACAAAUGAGUGGACGCAGGUAGCACCUCUGUGUGUGGGCAGGGCAGGAGCAUGUGUGGUGGCCGUCAAACUGUGACAAACACAAACACCAACACUCAAUGGCGGACAGUGCAUGAUGUGGCUCGGAGACCCUCCCUUUUUUUUACCGCUGACGAGGUCACUGAAGUUACACCAAGAAACCCAUCUGCCUGCCAGCAUGUGACCAACACCAGGACAUGAGAGACUGAUUACUGAACACACUUCAGGUUUUACACUUCGGCAAAGUCAAAUAUUACCCUCCAUAACGACGGCCUAUCAUCCAUUUUAUGGUCUAUUAAAGUUUUCAUAUUGCAACAUCUUGAUAACUUCUGCCACAGAAGUGAACUGCCACCGCCACCCAUGAUGAGGAGGAAUCUGCGCUGUCUGAGCAUGACAGAACAGCUGUCUUACAGCUUUUUUUUCUUUCUCUUGCCUAUUAUGUUGUUCCUGUAGACAAGGUGGGACUCUCACACACACACACACACACACACACACACAUACACACACAUAGAAAAACAUGCUUUCAGCUUCUAUUUCUGCUGACAGAAAGGUGAGAGACACAGCGAGAGAUUGUCAAGACUGUUGAGAUGCCUCAUCAUUUUACGCUCUUGGUUUUCCUAACAAUGUCUGAUAUUGUGUUUAGAUGCUAUUUUAAAAUAUUCGCUAUUAUUUUAUGCUGUAGCUGACAAGUGCCCUCCUCCUCUUUCUUUCCUUUUCUUGAACAUUGACAGAUGAAAGAAGGACUUUUGACAUAAUCAGCACAACCUUAUGAACAGCCAUGCUGUAAGGAACUGUGACGCUCUUUAUUCUUUUCAGGCAAAAACACAUCAUCACAAUUUAUCUAAUAUUUCUGUGUGUAUGUCUUCCAUGUUGCAUCAGCUCACAUCUGAAGCACGUAGUAUACUGUGAUUUGCAAUUUAUGGUAACUUUUUUCAAGCUACACUGGCAAAUUAUCCUUUAAAGUGUUUGCUUUUUUUUAUCCUUGUACUUCUGGCAUGGUUCACAUAAUUAAGGUCUGUGAAGUACUAUUAUUGGGCUUACAGGCUGAGUAAUAAUAAGUGUAACUGUGGCCCUUUGUUGAUCCCGAUUUUCAAUUUCCCACAGAGCACAGGGUUAGCUAUUUACAGACCUGCUGUUAUACAUGGUCAGUUGAGCUUUUCUGUCCUACCUUCUCUGUCUCCACUGUAGAAGUUUGUGUGUGUGUGUACGUGUGUGCGUGUGUGUGCAUUUGUUUGGGCGUUUAGAGAUUGCAAGGAGUGUAUUUUUAUCUCAAAUGAGAAUCUUCCCCCUUCCCCUCUCCACAUCUUCAAUUCCCUGCUGCUUUCUCUUCAUCCCCAUUUUCCCAUUUCAUCACCACACACACACACACACACACACACACACACACACACACACACACACACACAAACACACACACACACAAACACAACAAACACAAACACAAAUACACACACCACUACGUUUCAGAGCCGAAUUGGAUACCCUGAUGAAAUGUACCAUAUAAUGAGACCAUGAAUUUAAUAACAUUGAUUCAGCCGCUGUCAACAUUUCGUUUGAUGUCGAGUUCAAAGUGUUAUUAGAUUUGAUGCCGCUGCAGACAAAGUAUCAGACAUUAGCGGAAAAUUAAUCCCGUCAAACAACCUCAUGCGUUCAUGUUUGGGGGCUUGUUUGAAUGAACUUACUGUACAUGUCAAGAAACCUCAAGAAUACAAAGAUGCUGACACAUGCCACAGUAAUCUUUUGCUGCACACUUAAGGGUGUAGUUACCCUGCUCGUGUGUAUGUGUGUGUGUGUGUGUGUGUGUGUGUGUGUGUGGACAGCAAACUCCUGACAGUGAGAGGCAAAGCAGGCAUCCUGUCUGAAAUGACAGAUCUAGAGCUAAUGUAGCCCCCAGGAUGCACUUCGCAAACACACACAUGGACAUAUCACAAACACACACACACACACACACACACACUUAACCACACAGCUGAAAGCCAAGUGCUUCAGGAGCCAGUGAAGAUUGAAAAGCCUUCCAUAUUUGCCGGCUUGACAUCUGAAAAGCAGAGAUGGGCAGGCUAGCGUUCCCCCACAUCUGAGCUGCUGUUUAUUCAAGCCUAAUGCACUGCCGCAUUAUUCUAUUUUCUUCCCCUUCAAACCUGCUGCAGUUUAUUUACAGAGUAAUUCUCUUUAGAUCGGAGCAGAAGUGUGUCACCUCCACUGUGGAGAUGUAGUCAGAGAUUAAAAAUAAAGACAUUCCAUAUCAAAUCUGUAUAUUUAGUGUAUAAUAUGUACAUAAAUAAAUAUAAAAUCUGUAUGUAGUCUUAAUGCAUUCUGCUGUAUAUUAUACAGUGCACACUGAAUGUACCUUGUGUUAUUGUGCGUUUCUUUUUUGUACCAUGAAUUGAGAUGAAGUAGUAAUAAAAUGAAGCUCGGUGAGAAAUGCUA